GCUAAAUCUGCCUGAUACAUCUUUACCGCGAACCUGCUAUCACAGUGAAGCUAACAGAUACUCAUGUUUCCAUGAGCCGUUGAUACUUGAUUCAUAUCCUGUAGCUUUCAUCUGAAGAAAGAUACGGUCCUUGUUGAUUCGCCACGUGUGCAAGACCUCUUUUCAUGAUGCUUUUUACUCUAGAGACUAGCAAUUCCCAUACCACCACGGCAGCCCUUGGCAUCGCUGCCUUUGUUGGCUGUUUGGUUUAUCUCAUCAGCGCCCUCAUUGACAGCCGCAAGGUCUUUUCGAGAUUCAACCGCGCCCCUUCAUUUAGUCACGGAACUGAGAAAACUCUGGGGAAGACGGGGCAGGAUCUGAGUUAUGUGAAUUCAUUUCCGCCGUCCCAGAGAGCCAAACUCGUUGAGAUUGGGUCACAACAUGCGAACGUGGAGGAGGUUGACUUGGCCACCGCGACGAAACCUCUCCUCAAGUUGGAUGCAGACUACCGCACUGCCAGCCCUGAUGAAUUCAACUUUAGUGGUUUCAGCAUCGCCGAUAUUCAGUCUCUCGGUGAUUUCCCUGACUACGCAACGCUCUCCGGUGUUCCCCUGCCAUCGCCGUUGACAGGUUUCAACAUUGAUAAGGCGGUCCCGCGGCCGUAUCGACCGUUCAGAUGGGCUUAUCAUCAGACCAUGUCGUUAACAAAGAUGGACACGGACUUUUGGAUCGAGCUUGAAAACAGCUAUAAGAGCCGAAUCGCCCAGCGUCAAGAAUUAUAUGCUAAGCACGGCAAAGAUGUUUUGGCAACUUUGCCGGGCUCGGAGCUCGCCUGCAAAGAGCUCAUGGAGAUGGCCAUUCAGUUCGUUUGCGCGAGGUAUCCAAACCAGUUCAAGCGCGAUGACAACAUCCUGUUCAACAACAUCUUGGGAACUACGACUGACCUCUCAAGAACCGAGCCGCUUGUUGUGUUGCUGAACAAUAUCCCCGAGGAUUUUGCCGUCAUGAUCAGGGAUCAUGAAACCGGCCGCUAUGUGCUGCGAGCUGGCGUUGUGUGCUCAGCUGUCGGGUGGAAGGUUAGUGAGAAACUGGGCAUGGGACUCCCUGGCAUCCACGGGGGCGUUCCUGAUUACAAGGAGAAGAUGCAAUUUAGCAUGGACCGGUUCUUCACCAAGAUGCCGACAAACAAGCCCAUCCAAAGGGGGUCAUGGGGCCUCGAAGUGGGCCAGCCUCUAUUUCUGCCAUCAGAAGACCCUAAAUUUGCUCAUCGUGAAUCUCAAAAACCCGACUUGAAGCCUGAGGAUAUCUAUCUACGAGUCGAUUGGCAGACGUUGCGUCGUCUUCCACUGUCCGGCGCCGUCGUCUUCAACUUCAAAGCUCUGUUCACCCCGCUCAAUGAGUUCAAGAACGAGCCAUACAUACCUUCAAUAGUGCUCAAGGUCCUUAACGAGGGUAAAGAAAGUAUUCUCAAGUAUAAAGGCGUAUGGCAUGUGGAGCACGUUGCGAAGCCAACCUUGAUGGAAUUCGAGAGGUACCAAAUCGAAAGCGGUCUUAUCGAGAGAAAUUGGGAAACUCAAACUCUACCGGAAUCACCGUUUUUCAGAGGACGGGAGACGAAGUGGACUGUAGAAUAAAGUCUGCAACAUGAGCCGGUCAUUUAUGAACAUGGUGCGCAUUCUGUGGUUCAAGUACUGGGUUAUAUACUACUAGAUUAUCAUAAUUCCCCCAGCCAUGUCGCUGGUCUGCUUUACGUAUGUUUUGUGGAGAAACAGAACACACCAAGUUCAUCAUGCCGAGCGAUAUUGCGGUAUAACGAUUCAGGUAGAAACCAUUAACUAAUAUCCGUGGAACUUGGGGAAAUCGUUACUCGGGAACGGAACUUCAUUACUACGUAUACUUGUUAGCACCUGUUUAAAAUGAAAUAAAG